AUGGCAGACUACUCCAAGCCGGGCAACCAGGCCGAAUCUCCCAGCCAUACCGUCGAGGUGACUGCUACCAACGGGGACAGCCACGGCGCUGCUACGGAUGAGGCAGUAAGCCAGGGCCUGCAUCAACUGGAAGCCAGGAAGGUCCACUGGUACUCGUACCUGACGACGCCGGAUUUCUGGAUUGUGCUCUUGAUCGGCCAGGUCCUCGCGCUGUGCAUCACCGCCACGAACACCUUCUCGAGUUUGCUGGUCAACUAUGGCACGUCCGUCCCGGCCUUUCAGACUCUCUUCAACUACAUUCUACUGGCGUUGAUAUACCUAACCUACACCCUCUACAAGUACGGAUUCAAGAAGUUUGGCAAGAUCCUGCUGUACGAUGGGUGGAGAUACUUCAUCUUCAGCUUUCUGGAUGUCGAGGGCAACUACUUCACCGUGCUGGCGUAUCGCGACACCAACAUCCUGUCCGCGCAGCUCAUCAACUUCUGGGCCAUCGUGGUCGUUGUCAUUGCCUCGUUCAUCUUGCUGCGCGUACGAUAUAAGAUCUUCCAGAUCCUGGGUAUUCUGAUCUGCUGCGGUGGCAUGGGCAUACUGCUGGCUAGCGACCACAUCCAGGGUUCCAACGGCGGGCAGGGACAGAACAUGCUGAGGGGAGAUCUCUUCGCCUUGCUCGGCGCCACCCUCUACGGUCUCACCAACACCUUUGAAGAGUGGUUCGUCAGCAAGCGGCCCAUGUACGAAGUGCUAGCCUUCGUCGGCCUCUUCGGAAUGUGCAUCAACGGCGUCCAGGCCGCCAUCUUCGACCGCCAGAGCUUCCGGGACGCGACAUGGAACGGCGACGUCAUCGGCUACAUCGUGGGUUACACGCUGGCGCUCACGCUCUUCUACUCCAUCGUGCCGUUCCUACUGCGCAUCGCCUCGGCCGCCUUCUUCAACAUCUCGCUGCUGACCGGCAACUUCUGGGGCACCAUCAUCGGCAUCCACGUCUUCGGCUACGCCAUCCACUUCCUGUACCCCAUCGCCUUUGUGCUGAUCAUACUCGGCCUCAUGGUCUACUUCCUCGCCGGCAGCAUGCUGGGCGAGUCCAAGAAGCCCUGGCUGGGCGACAACCAGGAGGCGGGCGUGGCUGGCUUCGGUACCGCGAAGCUGAAGGCGCUCAACGAGGUGAGGAAGCAGGGCUUGGCUCCUGAGAAUGCGGUUUAG